ACCAGCGACCGGCGCAGACUGGAGGCUGCGGAGGUCCCCGAAGCAGACUGGGGCGUAGAGUCACGGAGAGACAAGCCCGAGGCGCAGGGACGAACCCGAGGCGUGUGAAGCAGUGCUUGAAAAAGUUGGCAGUGACCCCAGUGACCACGCUGUCGGGCCCUUCCCGGGGCAGGACUGGCAGUGGGGGAGACAGGCCGGGCUCCUGGGCUGGGUGUCACACAGCAUCUCCCGGCCCCCUGCAUUCGUAUGUGGACCACCCUUCACCACUGCAGCAUUUCUGGACUCAUAGCCACCAUGAGCGAGGCCUUUGACUGUGCAAAAUGUAACGAGUCCCUGUACGGCCGCAAAUACAUCCAGACGGACAGCGGUCCCCACUGCGUGCCCUGCUAUGACAACACCUUUGCCAAUACCUGCGCCGAGUGCCAGCAGCUUAUUGGGCAUGACUCAAGGGAACUGUUCUAUGAAGACCGCCACUUCCAUGAGGGCUGCUUCCGCUGCUGCCGCUGCCAGCGCUCUCUCGCCGAUGAGCCCUUCACCUGCCAGGACAGCGAGCUGCUCUGCAAUGAUUGCUACUGCAGCGCCUUCUCUUCGCAGUGCUCAGCCUGUGGGGAGACUGUCAUGCCUGGGUCCCGGAAGCUGGAGUAUGGAGGCCAGACGUGGCAUGAGCACUGCUUCCUGUGCAGCGGCUGUGAGCAGCCGCUGGGCUCCCGGUCCUUUGUGCCCGACAAGGGUGCCCACUACUGCGUGCCCUGCUAUGAGAACAAGUUUGCUCCUCGCUGCGCCCGCUGCAGCAAGACGCUGACACAGGGUGGCGUGACAUACCGAGACCAGCCUUGGCAUCGAGAGUGUCUGGUCUGCACUGGAUGCCAGACGCCCCUGGCGGGGCAGCAGUUCACCUCCCGGGAUGAAGAUCCCUACUGCGUGGCCUGUUUUGGAGAACUCUUUGCACCCAAAUGCAGCAGCUGCAAACGCCCCAUCACAGGACUCGGUGGAGGCAAGUAUGUGUCCUUUGAAGACCGCCACUGGCACCACAGCUGCUUCUCUUGCGCCCGCUGCUCCACCUCCCUGGUGGGCCAAGGCUUCGUGCCAGAUGGAGACCAAGUGCUAUGCCAGGGCUGCAGUCAGGCAGGGCCCUGAGAAGGGCCCUGGGCCCAGGCCCUCCCAAACCAGGCCUCUAGGACAAAGACUCCUUUUCCAGAUCACCUCUGGGACUCAGCUCCUAGGCUCUGGACUCAGCCUCCCCACUCCGAACUGGCACUUCCUGACCCAGGAUGCCCAAACCUGUUUUUACGGAACCUCCAUAAUUCAGAUCCCCUCCCAAACCUGGAAUCCAGAACUCCCCUCCCUCAAUUGCCAAAUCAAGCCCCCUCCCCAAUGCAGGGUUUUAGACCCCAACCUUCAAGCCUGAACUCUGGCCCUUCAACUCUAAACUCUGGAAACUUUAGGUCUCCUGUGGGUGCCUGAAAAGUUCUCAAAAAUGGACUAUACUCAGACUUGACCCUCCCUACCCCACCCUGUCCCCAGGGCUGGAGCUGCCUGGGCGUCAGAUCAGAGGUUCACCGGCUGAGGAGUCAGUCCUAGGAUACAAGGCUCUGCCCAGCCCGUGUCUGCAGUGUUUUCUCCUUCAGUUUAGUUCCAUUUUGCCCAGAGAUGGGCAGAGCGGUGGGAUUGGCUCAUCCCCUUGCAGAUUCUGCAAUAAAGCAGUGUGAGGA